CUAUAAAAGUCUAAGCAUCAAAAAGCAGAAAGUGAGGGCAGAACUUGAAAACUAGAUUUCAUUUCAGCUUUAAGAAUUGCAUCAGGAUUUUGAGAUGCUGGGGUGCCGCUUUGUGUGUGUACAUUGUCUCCUCGGAGUCAUUCUCAUGCACUGCUUAAAUGAAGCAUCCUGCUUGGCAGUGGAAUCACCAGAGUCAUUUGACUCAUACAUGGCUACUGAUACCAUGUCUCAGAUGAUGACACCAAAUGAAAAAUCAGUCAUUGACUACAGAGACAAAUUACUUCUGCUGGAUGAACUUGCAUCUCUGGAAAAUGAUGCAAUUGAGAUGAAGAGGAAAAGGAGCUUUAAUGGGUUUGGAACUCCUAUCGAUAAGAUUUCGGCCAAGUCUCUAGAUAACAAGAACAAACAGAGAAAAGUAGUAGAUCUUCCCAAGAGACGUUUUGGAGUACCACUAGAUCGGAUUGGUGCAAACCGUUUGUCUAACUCCAGAGGUUGAAAAGGUUGUGCUGUCAUAUAAAGAAUAUUCCACCUUUUGUUAAGCUGUGUGGAAGAUAAGAAGAACAUUAUGGAAAACAUUAGUGGAUCAGUUUAAUGGAUUUUUUUUUGUAAAAUUAUCACUGAAUGUUAAACUCUGUUAACAGUCUUACAUAUUAAUCUGGAACCCUGUUCAGUACAAUGAAAAAAUGUAUAUAAUUUAAAUAUCUAAUUGUCUGUUAUCUUUGAAAAUGAUUUAUUUCACAAUAGGACUUACAUUCCAAUUUCACUCUUAUUAUGAACAGGUCAUCUGCAGUUCAUGUUAAAACAUAAUGCUGUUUUAUAGGUCUGAGCCAGCCUCAGAAAAAACUGGCACAGUGAAGUGACCUUUAUAAUACUACAUAUACAAAUAUUUGUAAUAAGUCAGUCUUUAUUAAACAAAAAUCUAAAAUAUGAA